CUCAGCUGAUGGUGACGUAGCGCGGCCAGCUUAAGCGAGGAGAAGGACGAAGGAGCUGACUGUCAGGUUAGAUGAUCCAGGGGGACAGGCCUCAGAGGCAAGACGGCAAACACCUCGCCGCGGUGUUUUGUUUUACCAGCCUAUAUAUACAUUUACAGCCUGUAUAUAUAUUUGUUUCGGGGCGGUGUAGUAUGAUUGUGUAGCAGAGGAGGGGGGCUUGUUUGUGCGACUGUCACGAAGAGCGGGGAGGCGCAUUCCGGAGGCACUACUACAAUAACACUAAUUCAUUCUCGCUCCAGUCUCUGGAACAGGCGAUCACACCGCCCACUGCUUUCUGCCAAAAGCUUCAAACGAAGUGGUGCGGCGAGGAGAGGAGCCCAGCGACAUGGUGGACUACUAUGAAGUCCUGGCAGUGCCCAGAACAGCCACUCAGGAUGACAUCAAGAAGGCGUACAGGAAGCAGGCCCUGAGAUGGCAUCCAGACAAAAACCCAGACAAUAAGGAGGAAGCAGAGAGAAAGUUCAAAGAAGUGGCCGAAGCCUAUGAAGUCCUGUCUGACAAGAGUAAACGUGAAGCAUAUGACAACUUUGGAAAUGCCAGAAAGCGACACAGAGGUUCCCCCAGCUCUCCAACAGAUUUUUCAUCAGAUUUCCCAGAGUUCACCUUCACAUUCCGCAGCCCAGACGAAGUGUUCAGGGAAUUCUUCGGGGGUCAGGAUCCCUUCGCUAGCUUCUUUGAUGACUUCUCAUCAUUUGGGGGGAUGCAUGGUCAUGGUUUCCACAGCCACCAGAGCUCCUCUUCUCGCCUGGGCCCCAGUCGGUUCUUCUCCUUCCCCUCAACAGGAGCUGAGUUUACCUCUUUCUCCUCCUCCCUGGGUGGUCUGGAUGGGCUGAGCAGCAUGGGAGGAGGGAUGGGUAACUUCAAAUCCAUUUCCACCUCCACUCGCAUUGUUAAUGGCAAGCGUACCACCACCAAAAAGAUAAAGGAGAAUGGACAGGAGAGAACAGAGAUUGAGGAGGAUGGGGUUCUAAAGACUGUCCUUAUUAAUGGCGUGGAGGAUGAGAUGGCCCUCGCCCUGGAGCUAAGCCGACGAGAGCAACAGCCCCAUCAAUCACCUCCUAAAGCACGCCUCCAACAAUCCAGAUCGCCCGCUGAGCCCGACAGAUCACGCCUCAAUGCUCAUUCUUCAGCCACACAACGGUCAUUUAGCUCUGCCCCUUACUUCCACUACGGAGGGGUGGGGGGAGGCAGUGAGGAUGAUGAAGACGAUGAAGAUCUACAGAUGGCAUUGGCAUGCAGCCUGUCAGAAAUGGAGGCCCAGCAGAGAGCAGCUGCAACCACGGCAACCGACUUCAUCUCAGACUCAGACUUCCAGGCCUUCACAGGCUAACCUGAUUGCCUCAUGCUGCUCUGUGCCCUAACCGCUGCCCCCGAGGUCAAAGGUCAAAUCCUCCAUGAUGCACUUGUCUCUCUGCCCACCUGGCUUCUACCUGCUGAAUGACACUUUAAAAAGUUUUAUUUGAAAAUGAAAAAAAAGAAGAAGAAGAAAAAACAAUUCGCAGAUACAUGAUGUAUUUUUUAUGUGUGUGUGUGUGUGUGCGCGCGCGCGCGCGUGCAUGUGUGUGUGCGUGUGUGCAUGUGUGUGUGCGUGUGUGUGCGUGUGUGUGUGUGUGUGUGUGUAGGUCAUACUGGAAAGAGAGACUGGAAUCUUUUCUUUUGCAAACUCAUGAAAGCAACAGUUUUGAUCAUCUCUGCAUUAAAUGAUGAUGUUUCAACUACA